AUGAAAGAAGUAUUUCAGGUCCAUAUAGUAAUGAAUAUUAACAAUUCGCCGCCCACCACUUCGUUUACUUUACGUAGGUAUAUCAUGAGCCAGAUAGUGACGCGCAAGGGGCCGGUGAAGGAGGAUAAGGAAAAGCGACAAACGGACAGCCCGGUAAAAGAAAUGAAAAAGAAAAUAGCUGCCAAUGCGGAGAAAGAAAAGCAAGCUGCCGAAAAAAAUGCUGAAAAACCUGUUCAAAGUGAGAAAAAACACGAAAAAGCCAAAGAAAAUACAGAUAAACCUGUCGAAAAACCUGCUGACAAAAAAGACAAACAAGAGAAGAGUGCAGACAAAAGUGGAGAAAAGAAAGACAAGGUAGAGAAAAGUGACAAGAAAGAAUCGUCUGACAAAAAAGAGACUAAAGAAGAUAAACCCGCAGAAAAGAAAGAAAAGCCUGCUGAGAAGAAAGAAGUAGCUCAACCAGAGAAAAGCAAUGACAAUAAUAAAGAGAAAGGUGGAAAGGCGGAACUACCAGACGACAAACAGAAGAAGCCAGAGCAAAAAGCGCGCGAAAACGGGGCGAAGGUGACAAACGGGGAACAAAAUGGCGACACGGUGAGUUCGGACGAAGACCUCCAGUCCGACGUUGAGAGAGACGAGAUGUUUCCGGAGCUCGCCUAUGAGGACUCUGAUGGGGAAUACUUCGAACCCCCAACUCCUGAAGGGCUACCUAGCCGUAGCUACACCAGGCGGUCUCAGGUGAAGGCGACACGCACGCCGGAGACUCCUCGACCGGCCUCGGAUAAACGAGAUCGAGAUUAUGUACCGGAUGAUUCAAAACUACUGAAAAUGAAAGACGAUACGCCGUCGUCCGAUCGCAAACUACGUUCGGCCGACUCUCCCAAACCGCAAGACAAAAAAAUUGAAAAAGUCCAGGACAAAAAAUCCGAAUCUCCAAAAAAAGAUACUUUGAAAGCAGUACAAGAAGAGCAGAAGGAAGAGAGCGAGAAGGAUGCAAAUGAAAGACAGAAGAAUGAAGUCGAAAUUGAAGUCGUUGUUGAAGUUGAAAAUGAAGACGAGACACGCGUGAAGGCGGACACGAACUUCUCGAAGUCGCGGGUCAAAGUGUCGCCGUACAGGCGCAGCGCUCGCGUCGCCGACGUCGACGUGUCGCUCGUGGCUAAUUAUACAGGCAAUAACACAACAAUGGAAAUGGAUAUAACAGAGUCGUCAUCUUUCAUGACGGAGGAGACCCCAGAAAGCCCCUACCUGAGCGGCCUACGCAGCAUCCGAGGACGAAGAUCUUAUAAGCCUCUGAAGGAGAUGAAAAGAAACUUCGGUGUUAAUUGGAUUACUCGACCCACUACUACCAGUGGUAAGGUGUCCGAACAACACAGCCGGCCGACAGGCACAGUGGUGGGACGCAAGCGCAAGCCCGACGCGGACGAGGCGGAGGCGGACCGAGAGGCGGAGGCGGAGAGGGAGGCAGAGGUAGAGGUGGGGGUGGAGGCGGAGGAGAGGCGGGGAGGCAAGCGCGCCCGGCUGCUGGACCGCCUCGCGCGCCCCUUCCGCGCCGCCUCCACGCCGCUAGUGGCGAGGAGGAAUGCGGAGAUCGUAGGUAUCAACACAGACCUGCCCCUGACGGCCCCCGUGGCCGGCCCCGACCCCUUCGACCCCGAAGCCAUCAAGCCCCCCAUGCCCCUCACGGUCCCCCACGUGACCCUCACGCCCCCCCACGGGGGCCCCGCGGGCACCGCGGCCGAACGCGACGCGAAGAGGUGUGUGCUCAUUGUUGGAGAGUUGUUGGAGAAGUACGUGCCGACGUCUACAGAGAAAACAAUGGGGUGGCACACCGCCCUCUUCCUGCUGGCCGCAGUCCAGCUCAGCGCACAGUACCUGUUGCCUGGCGACGUGACUCCUUCACAUUACGAUGUCCGACUAAUAUACGACAUAGACCCGAAGAGCAACUUCAGCUUCUUCGGUGUAGUCGACAUUUUGAUAACACCAAAGCAAAAUACCCCAAAAAUCGUGCUUCACGCCCAAGAUUUUUCAAUUGAUGAAGACAGAAUCACAGUGGUUGGUCCAGAUGAAUCACCUAAAGUUAAUGACGUCAAAUAUAAUGAAACUCUAAACUUUGUGGUCAUCUUUCUGAGUGAAGAGUUAAAAGAGAAUGAGAUCUAUAAGCUAACGAUACCGUUUUCUGGCAACUUGGUCAAAGGUCUUGACGGCGCUUACAUCAGUACCUAUACCAACAAGAAAAACCAAAAAACUGAGUACCUAAUAUCGACUCAAUUUGAAGCUAUAUCAGCUCGCAAGGCUUUCCCCUGCUUUGACGAGCCCAUUUACAAAGCUACCUUCAGUAUCAAUGUGGCUCAUCACAGAGACUACACAGCGGUUUCUAACAUGCCGUUACUUUCUUCAAGUGAUACCAAUGCCCUUGAAGAACAUUGGCCGUGGCAAAGUAUAGGAGAGAAAUUCAAGAAGGAUAAAUCAUUAUUCAAAUGGGACCAAUUCGACAAAUCAUUGCCGAUGUCAACUUACCUAGUGGCUUACGUUGUGUCCACCUUCGCCUACGUGGAGAGUCCGCCAGAACUAUCUCAUACUAAGUUCAGAAUAUGGGCCCGAAGUGAUGCUAUCGAUCAGACAUCUUACGCGGCCCAAAUAGGUCCGAAAGUGCUAUCCCACUUCGAGAAAUGGUUCAACGUGCCCUUCCCUCUUCCGAAGCAGGACAUGAUCGCCAUCCCCGACUUCGCGGCCGGUGCUAUGGAAAAUUGGGGGUUGAUAACUUAUAGGGAAACGGCAUUGUUGUAUGACAAGAAAGAGUCGUCCUUCCUUAAUAAGGAACGAGUAGCUGAGGUCGUAGCCCACGAGUUGGCCCACCAGUGGUUUGGCAACCUGGUGACUAUGAAUUGGUGGUCUGAUCUCUGGCUCAACGAGGGUUUCGCCACAUUUAUGGGCACAGUGGGUAUGGCGGCCGUUGAGCCCGAGUGGCGCGUGGAAGUGAACAAGGGUAUAGACGACAUCUUAUCUGUCCUUUCUUUGGACGCUUUGGAGUCUUCUCAUCCGGUGUCAAUGCCAUUGGACGAUCCCAAGCGCAUAUCAGAGAUAUUCGACACGAUCUCGUACUUAAAGGGCGCGGCACUCAUACGCAUGAUGCGCAUGUUCCUUGGGGAGGAUGUCUUUAGGAAGGCCUUGCAUAACUAUCUAAUGAAAUACUCGUACUCCAACGCGGAGCAAGACGACCUGUGGGCAGAGCUGACAGCUGUCAACAGGCAAUAUGACGGCCUGAGCAGAAACGUCACCGUCAAGCAGGUUAUGGACACGUGGACCAAGCAGACCGGCUUUCCGCUGCUCACCGUCAACAGGGACUAUGCUGACAACUCCUUGACUUUGUCACAGAAAAGAUACUUCUCCCUGAGCCCUUCCACCCGCACCACAUCAUCCUGGUGGGUGCCUCUCAGCGUGCUCUGUCAGAAAGAGGAUCCCUCCAGCCAACAGGUCCAGUGGUUAGGAGAGAAUGAAGGUGUGGGUCAGGAGCACAGGUUCGAGCACGGGGCUGGGCCUGAUGAGUGGGUGCUAUUCAAUUAUAAUAUGAUUGCUCCGUACCGCGUACAGUACGACGAGCGCAACUGGAAGCUUCUGACCAAGACGUUAACCAGCGACAGGUACACCACGAUCCCGAUGGAGGGUCGCGUGCAACUGUUGUCGGAUGCAUUCGCCCUCGCUUGGAACAACGAGUUGGAUUAUGGAACUACUAUGGAGCUCGCAAGUUACCUCCGACGUGAAACAGAAUAUGCACCACUCAGUACCGGUGUUGAUGCUUUAGGAAAAAUCGAGAACGUUCUAAAGAGAACAGCUGACUAUGGAGCUUUCCAGAAGUUCAUGAGGAGAUUGAUCAGUAACGCCUAUGAAAAAGCCGGCGGUUUAUCCGUUAAGAAAAUUGUCAAUGGAGAUGAUCUAAAUAGUGUUAAAAUGCAGGUAUUGACGAGUUCAUGGGCAUGCCGAGUGAAGGUGGCGGGCUGUGAAGAGAACGCCAUGCAGAUGUUCCAGCAGUGGAUGGACACUGAGAAUCCCGAUGAGAACAAUCCCAUCCCCGUGGAUCUGCGUCGCACAGUGUACUGUGUAGCGCUAGCGCGCGGUGGUGUCCGAGAGUGGCGCUUUGCUCUCGCCCGGCGGAGGAACUCUAACGUGGCGGCAGCUCGAAACCAACUGCUGUAUGCACUGGCCUGCUCGCGAGAUGUGUGGAUACUGGCGCAGUAUUUAGAGUGGACGGUAACGGAUGGUUCUGAAAUCCGUCGCCAGGACGGUGGCAGUGUAAUAAGUUCUGUGGUGCACUCCACCGUCGGGUACUACGUAGCUAAGGACUUCAUCUACAACAGGAUCGAGGAUUUACAUAAUGCUUUCCGCGGCCAGAACAGAGUUAUGGGUAGAAUUCUAAAAGCGUUAUUGAAUCAGUUCACUACUGACAAGGAACUUAAUGAGUUCCUGGAAUGGAAAGAAAACAACGCCAAGUACCUCUCCGAGUCGAAAAUCGCAGUAUCUCAAGGCAUUGAGAAUGCGCGUCUUAACAUCGCCUGGUUGAAGAAGAACAAGAAAACAGUCGUUGACAAGCUUCGACAAUAUUCUCUCCCUCCAAGCCCGUACGUAGCGCCGUGGAAAUCAAGACCAGUGUUUUUAUCCGCUUUGUACGCUAUACAUAAUAUAACAAGGAUGAAACUUAAAAAAUACGUUUUUAGA